AUACAUUCGCAUUCGCAUAAUAUUCAGCUCAAUCUCCAAUAAACAAUUCGUUUUUGUAGCUUACCGUUAACCUAAAAAUAAAACACCUAGAGGAUAAGAAGGAUUUGCUGAUAAGCUCCAUAAAUUCCGUCCCGCGUCCACCUCAUCCCAACGACUGAAGUAUUUGCUCUCAAGUCGUCAGCUAAGGUGGCGGACUCAUGAAGGAAAACGUGCACCCCACAGAAGUGGCGUCCUCUCAGCAAGAAUCUACAGAGGGAUCUUCUUCCAACAUUGCAAGUAAACGGUUGCCUCCGCGCAAGUCUCUCAUCCCAGUUCCCAGUCCACCUAAAAAAGAAAAGGUCGUUGAACGAAAAGCUCUUACUCCAAUUCAGCCACCUCGUAAAAACAGCAUCAGCGGCAAAAUGUUAGGUCGUCAGUCUUCCGCGACGGUGGUUGCUUCUUCUUCCCCAGUGAAGAAACUUGGUGGGGCUGCAACCUCACGACCAAAGACACCAAAUUCGCCGUUGACCAAACCGACAUGCACAUCUACCCCAAUUUCAACUCCAAUACCUGCUUCUGGUAAACACCGAUCAACGGUGACGAUUUUCACCGAAAAGACAGUUGAUAAAGAAGUGCAGACUGACCAUCCCGACUUACAACUGAUCACAGGAGACGAGCCUCCUCCAUCAUAUUGGAAAGAUUUGGCUGAAACGCGCCGUCAAGCUUUGGAGGAGGCCCUUACUGAAAAUCAAGGGCUUUGUCAAAAAGUUGAGGAAUUAGAAAAAGAAAAUGAAAUAUUGGAAGAAAUGCUAAAACAUGCCAAGGAUAUGGUUGAAAUGCUGUCUCCCAUUUAUGAAGACGAUUCAGGCAUUGCUGCGGAUGAGUCUACUCGAUCCGUAAACCAGUCAGAGAUUGAGACUGUUACUGCCGCCCAGGAGGACGACACAGACGACUGAUUAUGUAUAUUACAAAUAUCAAACUAUAUUUAGGAUUUAGGAAUGAGUGGUGAUCGAUUAUUUAUGUCCAGAAAAUUAAGUGCUGCAUGCAUACAUCCGAUUUUACGUAAUAAUAACGACGACGAAUAUCUUUAAUAUCUACUUCAAUGUGAUGUGAUGAUUGCGUUUAAUAAUUUAGAAAAAACGUUUUUUGUUCCUGAAAUGCACUUCCCUGCAUUUUAUGAGGUAAUCUCCCUCAAUAUAAUGCUAGUAGCUUGUACACAUGCGUAUGUGUUAGGGAUAUAAUAAUCAGCAUGGAAUGUAAUAAGCAAUUUAAGAUACAUAGAUGAAGACCAAUAAUAAUAAUAUAAUGGUUUUUACUGAUUUUA